UUAUCAUUUGUUUUUAUGGAAACAAUUACUAAUUUUUCUUUUUUUCUUGAGCAUUUCAAAAAAUAUGGAGCACCAAAUCCCAAAACGUCGACCACAGCAAUUCCAAUGAAAAAGGCAAGAUAUGGCAUUGACACUGCCCACCUUGGACAAAACAUUAGUGUAUCCAGUGAAUGCACUAUAGAAUCACGUGGGAUCAGCGUUUCAACGUCGGCCACUAAAUAUACCAAUGAAUCCAACCAAGGCGUGUUUGAAGUUGUUUGCUGCAGCUACUGCAACACGUUUGAAAAGCAGUUACAGGAUAUUCCCAAAAAAUUAGACGACCUGCAAUUGAUAGUCGAAGCACAGAAUACUGCUAUAAUGGAUGCAAUAGCGGUCCAAAAGGUGGCGACUGAGCAAUUGAUUCGCCAAGAAUCAAAAAAUGCACCCAUCACAAAAUAUUUCCCAAUAAGUGACGUCCCAGAAAUGCAUCAGUUGGAGGAAAAAAUUACCCCUACUAACAGAGAUGUAUAUGAAUCUGCGAUGUCUGCUAUUUUAUGCAACAAUCUCAGAAAUAUAAGGCUGCUGUUAAAUAAGGACGUCAUAGCGUCAAUAAACGUGGAUGGUUCACAUGGAAAGAUAAGCUUAAAAUCUUUCCCAAAUUUUUAUGCUUCAUUGACUGGAGCCAUUGCCAAAUUACCAUUUAAGGGAUUGUCGCCGGAGGACGCGCUGCGCAAAGCCAUUGCUUUCGAAAAAGCAAAAUGCUUUAAGAAAGCUUAUCGACAAAAAAAGAAGAAUUCUGCAUCUUAAACUACUACCCCUCCAAUUGUUUUUUUUUUUUUUUUUAAUAUAAAACUGCAAUAGUACAAAGUUGUAAUAUUUCAGACUUUAAAUUCUGACUUCUUAUUUCUGGACUGAAUUUUUCUUUUUUAAUUUUUA